AUGGAGAUCGCUCCGGAAACCAGUUCGGCCAUACCUCCGGUAAUGACGAGCUUGGAGUCACCCAAGGACGAGAGACCCGCAGUCAGGGCAAACGGCACGGUUAAUCCGUCACUGAGCCCGAUGAUCAAAUCGCUCAUCACACGCGGGUCGGUUUUGCCCAGUAGCCAGCCAAACGGCAGACCAUUAUCGUUGUCGGAGGAAAAUGUUUGUGUUUUAGUGGGCGUGGACGGUUGCGCCUCUGGGUCUCUGUCGGAGAGCGCUCCCCCUGAAACCAGUUUGGUCGAUCGACCGCAUAAACUAGCCGAGAGAUCAAAACAUUUUCUUCACCUUGAAUCGGCCUUUGUUAUGAACUUCCUGCUGUUUCUGACCCUGCUCGCCUUCACGGCGUGCCAGGCCGCCGCAAAGACCCACGAGUUCUACUUCAAGACCCAGUGGACCACUGCAAACCCAGACGGCGUCUUCGAGCGCAAGAUCAUCUCGUUCAACGGAUCUUGGCCAUUGCCCACUCUGGAAGUCAACAGGGGCGACCGUGUCAAGCUCCACCUGAUCAACGGGCUCGACGUCUCCACGUCGUUGCACUUCCAUGGCCUGUUCCAGCAGGACUCCCCCCACAUGGACGGUCCUGUUGCCGUUACCCAAUGUCCGAUACCUCCUGGCGAAACGUUUGUGUACGAUUUUGUCGUCGACCAGGCCGGCACAUACUGGUACCACAGUCAUAGUGGAUCGCAGUAUAGCGAUGGCCUUCGAGGUUUGUUCAUUGUGCGGGAUAAAAAAGCAGAAUCUAAUUAUUCUUUUGAUGAGCAAAUUACGCUCUCUUUAAGUGAUUGGUACCACGACUCGAGCGAUGUCCUAAUAAACAAACAAUUGUCGCUGUACAACCCGACAGGUGCCGAGCCGAUCCCACAGAAUUCCCUGUUCAACGACACAAAAAACGUCACCUGGACCGUUGAGCCGGAAACCACGUACUUGUUGAGAAUAGCCAAUGUGGGUAUCAUGACGUCGCAGUUUUUGUUCUUUGAGGACCACGACGUGCAGAUUGUCGAGGUGGACGGUGUUUUCGUGGAACCAGCUACAGCUUCGAUGCUUUAUCUCGCCGUCGGACAGAGAAUGUCGGUGCUUUUAACCACCAAAUCUUCCGCCAAGAGAAACUUUGCUAUCGUGCACGCUUUGGACACAGCCAUGCUCGACGUUGUGCCGGACGAUCUACAAAUCGUGUCCGUGAAUCAACUGGCAUACAACACAGCGCUUCCUCCGGCUAAAUUGAAAGAAGAAUGGCUCGAUAUCGACAGCUACGAGCCGUUUGACGACUUCCAGUUGCGGCCGUUCGACAAGAUGCCGUUGUUGCCGGACCCAGACCACCAAAUCGAGGUCGUGUUGCACAUGGAGAAUCUCGGCGACGGUGUGAACUACGCGUUCUUCAACAACCACACGUACGUGGCUCCAAAAGUGCCUACUCUGCUCACUGCUCUGACGGCUCCGCAAGAGCUUGCGGUCAACUCAAAGAUCUAUGGAUCUAACACGAAUUCGUUUGUGCUUAGCUACGGCGAGGUUGUGGAGCUGGUCGUCAACAACGAGGAUGACAACAAACACCCCUUCCAUCUGCACGGCCACGACUUCCAGGUGAUUGUCAGAUCGGACGAGUACGACGACCCGCACCAUUUCGACCCAGAUUCUCAGACAGAGUACCCAGAGGUGCCUGUCAGAAGGGACACCAUGAUGGUGAACGGUAAUGGAAACAUGGUGCUGCGGUUCCAGGCUACUAACCCGGGUGUCUGGUUCUUCCACUGCCAUUUGGACUUCCAUCUGGAACAAGGUCUUGCGUUGACAUUGAUCGAAGCACCGGUCGAGUUGCAAGAGAAGUACGAAACGCUGGAGUUGCCCGAAGACUUCUUGCACAUUUGCGAUGCCUCGCAUGUUCCAACCAAGGGUAAUGCUGCUGCGAAUAAAAAAGACUGGCUUGAUUUGCACGGCGAAAACGUCCAGCCAGACCCGUUGCCCGAAGGAUUC